AUGAAAACGUUUCUAGAAUUUGAAUUUACUGAUGACACAACAACAAAAGCAAUUAAACCGUCUAAAAACAAAGAUAUGAUCUACAGAAUUGAACAAAAGUUUCAUAAGAAAGAUGAAACACCAAAAGCCACUGAAAAGAAACCUGUUCUCAAAAUGACAAUUUCGUUAAACCAUUCCCAAAAGGCAAAAGAAAAUGAAAAGACAGAAAGUAAAGUAACAGAAAAGGAUUCUCGUGGAAGAGAAAUUGAAAGAAAGUCAUCAGAAGGAAGAAGUGAUAAUAAGCGAAGUAGUGAAAACAAAUCACCACAUAGAUCAAAAAGAUCAAAUAGUCGAUCAGCCAGAAGACAUAGUCAUAGUCAAAAAACAAAAGAAGAAGAUUCUAAAAAGAAACUACCUGAACGUAACCUUUCAGAAGAUGCAAGAACUCUCAAACAUAAAGGAGAUAAAUUAAACAAUGAUGAAAGAACAGAUGAUGCUUUAUUGUGCUAUUGUGAAUCACUCCUUUGUUAUGGUCAACUUAUAUUAAGAAAAGAAAUGACAAGAUUAAAUAUUGGUGAGUUAUUGGAAUUUGUUAUGAGAGAAGCAGAAAAGAAUCAACGAUCAGAAAUUGCUCGUGGAGUAUCUAACAUUUUAGCUCAAUUAUAUUUUUCAUUAUUUUCAUAUGAUCAUGCAUCAGCCCUCCAAUUUCUUCAGGACAAAGUCCCAGUUGGAGAUGAAAUGGCACCAAAGUUAUUACACCAACUAGAUGGAUUGAAAAAAUUGAAUCGUUAA